AUGGCCCCGAAGAAGGAGAAGGCCCCGCCGCCGUCGUCUAAGCCGGCCAAGUCCGGAGGCGGGAAGCAGAAGAAGAAGAAGUGGAGCAAGGGUAAGCAGAAGGAGAAGGUCAACAACGCGGUGCUCUUCGACCAGGCCACCUACGACAAGUUGCUCUCCGAGGUGCCCAAGUACAAGCAGAUCACCCCAUCCGUCCUCUCCGAGCGCCUCAGGAUUAAUGGAUCCUUGGCACGGAGGGCCAUUAAGGAUCUGAUGGCAAGGGGGCUCAUAAGGAUGGUCUCUGUUCAUUCCAGCCAGCAGAUAUACACCAGGGCAACCAACACAUGA